GCUACACCUUCUCACUGAUAUUAGCAGCUCUUUUGAUGAAGGUGAUCCUUCUACCUCUAGCCUUCAAGGCCAUGGCGGUUAUGUCCACAGUGGCUGUUAUGAUGAGCACAAUGAGCCUGAUUAUAUCGUCGAUUAUUGGUUAUGCAAAAUUAGCGUGGCAACAUGUGCAUCCAGCGUUCAAAGUAGUCCACCUGGGAAAAGGAAAUUCAUGGGCUAAGGAAGAUGACCUGAUUAAAAAUUAUCCUUUCGCAGAAGUUAUUCAUUACCCUGAAGAAGAAGAAGAGUUAGGCGUUACGCCUCUACAUCAUGUUCACUAUUACCAUAAAUAG